UGGAUGAAUUUCCUCUCUUUGAGCUCACGCAUUGAGAAGCUCUUCGGGCUCGCCGUUGAUGUAUGUUCGCAGCACUUGCCACGCCGAUUCGUGCCGUGCUCCCUUUGAGUGCGCGAGUCUCUAUCGAUUGAGCGGGAAUAUCGUUAGGUGUACCAGUUACAUUACAUCCGCAAUGGUUUAGAAGGUGAAACGGCAAAUCUGCUGGCUCCGGUCUGAAUUUGAAUUCAGUAAGAUUCGUGCAAAGGUUGACUGAAGCGCCAUUGAAUCCUGAAAUUCUCAGUCCCGCGGAAGCUACCAGUUUUUGCUGCUUGGCAAGACUGCACAUUUGCCUGUUCGCCUUCUGGUCACUGUCUUGUGAACAUACGGCGAAGAAUUGCGAGUGAUGCGCUGGAAACGGAGAUAAUUUAAGACUUCGACGGAUCUUUCCAUUGUCAGUGUUGGGUCUCUCUCCAUACCUUUGACGGCCGCAAUUUGAUCGAGCGGAAUCACUUCGUCCCAGCUCAAGGGCCGACCAGCAGCAUGCCUCUAUCAUCUCUUGCAGAUGCUCCGUCUCUCAUGCGACCUCACACAGGCAGCUCUCUUGCACUAGGUUUGGACCGGCUGGACCUUGAAGCACCAAUCAAAGCAUAUCAUCACAAAACUUGCACAUCGUCCACAGUCGUUUUGCAUUGCACCUUCCAGCCAUGAAGUAAAUACUUUGCGCAGCAUCAGAAGCCUAAGAACUGAAGAGAUCAAAGUACAUUCUGUAGCGGCAUGCCUCUGAAGUGUAACAAAACAACUCAAAUGUAAUUCGGAUUAGAGCUGCUGGUUGAGUUCGUGUACUAAGGGGCAUCUCUAUCCAGAUCAAAGCUCAUGGGGGCCCUCCGAGGGACAGCUGAGUCGACGCAGGAUCAAGAGCCAAGCAUCGAUCGAUUCGAUGUUCGCCGAUGAAGCUGAAUUUCGACUUGGAACAGCGCCAAGCUUGGAUCUCAGGGAUAUGAAGUUGGAGGCUGCGUUACAAGACCUUGGUUCGAGACGCGAGUCACCACCAUCACCACCAUCGGCGUUGAAAAUGGACCAUGGGAAGGCGCCAAAGAUGUCCAACAGGAGGGCAGAAUCCUUGGCUGCUCUGCUGGGCGACCAGAUCCUCGAAGCAGAUCUGAAGUCAAUAACCUGCUCGUCCUCUGAAGUGACAGACAAAGAGCUCAGAGUCGGAUCUCGAAGUAAACGACUGGCGUUCAUGGACCAGCAAAUUGGGCACCCGGCGGUGGACCUGUUCGAGGACAAUGCUGAAAGAGCUCUGUUGUCCCCAACAACUGCCGUGAAAGGAGAGGAUAAAGUGAUCCCUGAAGCUCCAGAAAAGGCGGGAUGAUGAAUGGGGAGCAACAGAUGUAUUGAAGAUGCUGCCAGAUGGAGGAGACAUGUCUCUCCAAACAGAAGCGAUGGGAAGCGCCAGUAGAAGCAGUAUGAAAGAUUUUUUUGCAAAUAUAAAAUCGCCCUCAAGUAAAAAGGCUGAUGUUGACAUGCCCAGUGAAUUUGGAGAAUAUCAACCCUCGUUUCUUUCUGCUCCAAAGAGGAUCCCACUUGCGGGCAGAAGGAGAAGUCCGAUUAAAGUCAGGAGCUUUCCAGAAGCCACAGAGAGCUUGGAGAAACACCCAGAGGCACCUGUGAAGACCACCUACAAGGGUACUGAUCAUUCAGACGUAGGUCUUUGGUAUGAAAAAGCCGGCACAAGAUCAGACGCGGAUUCCUGUAAAGUGAACGAAGUUUCUGGACAUGCAAAGGGAGUCGAGAAAAAAACUCUCUCGUCGGGAAUUGCGUCUGCCCCUGUUCACUUUGCUGGAGACAUCCACUCAACAAACGAUAUUCUUUCACUCGAGUUACCAACCACCCCUUCACACCUCGAGGGUCCUUCAAACCUCGGACCCGACAUUAGCAGGCCUCUCGGCCGGGUUCUUGACGGGGAUUCAUUCGUGUCCAAAACCCCAUCUGCUGGAGUUUCGAACAGGAAGGAAUCCCCGUCAAGAACCCGGCCGAUUUUCUUUGAGAGCGAAAGAGACAGGUUCGUUGAACCUCAGGAGGCGUUGGAAUAUGAAGAGCAUUUCAAGCAGUUAUCUCUGGGGAGUUCUUCAGAGAAAAUGGCCAACAACAACACUCCUCACCCAACAGAUUCGAACCGCAUUAUAUCAGCAACCAAUAUACCGCAUGUUUCAAUUUCCCAGAAUAGUGCCGAGAUUCAACGGCCUGCUGAGUACACGAAAGAUGAGGAUGGUUUGAAUGUGAAGGAAAAGACCUUCUGUGACUUGCUAUUAGCGGAGAGGAAUACACUUCAGUCAAAGCUGGAUAUUGAGAGAGAUAAGUUUUUGAAGGAGAAGGAAACACUUCAGGUGAGAUUCAGCGAGGAAAGCCUGCGUUUGCAGAGAGAAAUACAACUGCUGACGUGUGCAAACGAGAAAACCAAGGGGCAGAGAGAUAGUCUAGUAAUAGAGGUAUCAAAAUUACGUGAAGAGAAUAUGUCCUUAAAAGACGAGAUACUGCGUGUGGAAAACGAACGGCUUGCCUUUGAGAAGAAAACAUAUGAAUCAGAACAAUCUCAUCAAGACAUAUUGCUGAACAAAGUUGAAGGAGAAAGAGAAGAGGCUCAGAGACUUGCAGCUCAGUUAACAUCUGAGGUUCAGCUACUCAAAAGCAGUUCGUUAUUAGCAGAGGAGAAGAUGACUUAUUUGUGCAAACUGCAUGAUCAAGAGCUCCAAAUGAUGAAGACUUUGCAUCGCCAAGAGCUGGAAGUCAAAAGCAACCAGUUUGAAAUCGAGAAAAAGCUCUGGUCUGAUCAUGAAACAACUAUAAAUACGGUGAGAAAACUCCUGGAUAAGGGAGACGAAUGGGCAUUGAAAGUGGAUACACUUCACGGUGUGAUUCUAUCUGCAAGGGAAGAUACCAGUAACGACAAGACUGUAUGGGCGGGUCUCAUUCACGAAACCGUUGAUAAAGGUCAAGCCGCGUUACGAGAAUGGGGCGAUCAUUGCAAUGGAAUUAGAAGCCAGUUCGAUCAGUUGUUAGCAGUCCUCGAGACAGGUGGCCGAGAGAUCAGAGCGAUGCAUCUAGAAGAAAAGGAGCGGCUCGAUACUGAACAUGCUCAUCUCAAACUACUUCAGGAAGCUCUUCAAGAGGAACGCGCUCAGUCUCUGACAGAUCUUGCCGCUGCACAUGAGAGACUGGAGGGAAUGCGCAACCUUUGCUACGUUGAGAAAGAAAAGUUUUUAACAACCUGUAUGCAGGAGAUUAGAGAUAUCUCUUCUGAGAGAGAAGAGGUUGUGCACAUGAGGGAGCAGUUACUACAUGCUGAAGCAGCCCUUCAAAAGCAGGUCAUGGAGCACGCUCAAUACAUGCAGGCCGAGGCUUCGGAGUCAGAGAAAAAACGAAUGGAAUUAGAGCGAGCAAAGGAGAUGGCUGCUGAAAUUGCUCAUGAAGUGGAGAAUGCUCGACAGGAGCUUGAACAGCAACGCCAGGCAUUCGAGAGAGAAAUAGCCAGUAUACAAGCUUUUGGUUUGCAGGCGCAGCAGAAAAUUGAUUCAGCUAUUGAGAUUCAACGGGAAGCUGCGCAACUCAAGCUUGAUGCAGAAUGUAUCCAGCACGAGAGUGCUCGUGAAGCCUGUGAGAUUGGAAGGCAAAGGAUUCAGACAGCGAUGGCUCAGAAAGAGCUGUUGGAGCUAAAACGACGACAUGAUGAAGAAAGGAUGAGGCUAGCUAUGGAAAGACAACAGCUGUGUGCCGAGCGGAAAGAGAAUGACAUCUCUUGUGUUUUGAGAGAGUCCAGGGCCUCGGAAGGAUCUGUCUACUCGAUCUAUGACAGCAGGUCGCAUGUCUUCGACCUCAGCUCCUGGGACAAGAUGCCCAAGAUGAAGCAAGCAAGACAAGUUGCAAUGGUCCCCACACGAGCUCCACACAUAUCCAGCAAAACUAAAAGUUCUCUUAGUUCAGGUCCUUGGAUCGUAGAAAGUGUUGAGGCGUCUUUGUGUCUGCAGGCUCAGGAAGAUUUCUUAGCGGAGGCUAGCAGAGUGCUGCAGCAUACAACUCAAAAUACCACCAGUCUACUUACUAAGACCAUCACAUGAGAUUCUCAGGCUUCAUCCGAGAGGAAUUUUUGGUGGUCAUAAGCAGUAGUCAGAAUGGGUUUGUCAAAAUUGAAAAUGGCGAGGUGAUACUCUUGGAAGCUUUCAAUCUUAAUACGGGUGGGUAGUGCAUGCAGCAGUGUUGGUAUUGGACCUAAUCAGAUCGUCGUCACUCCUGAGCUGAAGGUUUGACUCGAAGCUAGCUUUACUUCAGUUGUAGUUUACUCACAUGUUAUGUGUAUACAAAAUUUCAGUAUUCAAAGUUGUCAGCU